AUGGCAGAGGAGGACGCCUCCUUGGAGCUGUCAGUCAUGUCUGCAGUUGUCCCUUAUGAAAUCAAGAUUUACACAAGUGACGAGUUUGCAGCCGGGACGGACGCAGACGUGUUCAUUGCGCUGUACGGACAGAAGGGAGUGAGCACGCAGCAGAAGCACCUGUGUGUGAAUGCACGAGAACGCCGGCUCUACUUUGAGAGGGCAGCCGAGGACAUGUUUAUUGUAGAGUUGGAGGAUGUCGGCGAUGUGAUUGAAAAGAUCAGAAUAGGACACGACAACAAAGGCACCAACCCGGGAUGGCAUCUGGACCGAGUCGAAAUCAGAAGACAGCUGAGGAAAGGGAAGGGUUCAGAGACGACCAUUUUCCCCUGUGAGCGCUGGCUGGCAAAAUCUGAGGAGGAUGGAGAGACGGUUGUAGAGCUGGUGCCUUCUGACAUCAUCACAGAAAAACUGCUACGAGAUGGAAAACUGAAAACGACAGAGACAGAGGUGGAGGACGCUCUGGAGACUCAUUCCUACAAAGUGUCUGUGAGGACUGGAGACAUGUUUGGAGCUGGGACUGAUGCCAAUGUUUUUCUUACGAUCUACGGAGACCUGGGCGACACAGGGGAGCGCAAACUGGCAAAAUCUGAGACCAACAAGAACAAGUUUGAGCGCGGAGAGGUGGACAAGUUCACGAUUGAAUCCGUGGACCUGGGGCAGGUGUUUAAGAUCCUGAUCCGCCACGAUGACUCCGGAAUGGGGGCAGACUGGUACUUGGACCAGGUGGAGGUGCUGGACGCGGACACAGAGGAAGUGUACAUGUUUCUGUGUGAACGCUGGCUGUCCAAGAAGAAGGAGGACAAGCAGAUCGCACGCAACUUCUUUGUUAAGGGCUACGAGGGGGAACGAAACACUGAUCCAAACACAAAGAAAUUAGCUCAGGCCAAACUCGGGCUGGACCGAAACGCCAACAAAAAGGAGAAGAAGAAAAAGAAGAAGAAGACAGCGGUGGUUGAAGAAGGGCCAAUCAUCCCGUACCACUUCACCCUGUCCACGGCCAGUGAGCAAGACUCCAGCACCACCGCCCGCGUCUAUGUCAUCAUCCUGGGUCCAAACGACACGGAGACGGAGCGGCUGUGGUUGGAUCUGCCCGAGGGGAAAACAAGCUUCGCUGCAGGCUCCAUGGAGCACUUCGUCUGCUACGGCACAGACGUGGGAGAGAUCAAGCGUGUUGAACUCGGCCACAACGGUCUCACUCCAGAGAGCUGCUGGUUGGUGGAUGAGCUGGCCGUUGCCGUGCCAACCAAAGGUAUCAAGUACAUCUUUACGUGUAAGUGCUGGCUCGCCAAAGACCGCGGAGACGGACUGACUGCCAGACUCUUCAACGUGUUGGACUCCACUAACAUCAACAUCAACCGCAAAGUGGUGUAUUCGGCCACAGUGGUCACAGGUGACACUCAGUAUGCAGGGACCGAUACCAACAUCUUUCUGAGUGUGUACGGGGCCAACGGCUGCACAGAGGAGAUGCUGCUGCCCAAAAAUGGAGACAGGUUUGAACGAGAUCAGGAAGACUCGUUUAGCUUAGAAAUUGAUGACAUUGCUCCUCUGAAGAAGAUUCGAGUUCGGAUAGAUGGCACCGGCAGUCGUCCUGAUUGGUUUCUUGAUAAGAUUAUGCUGAAAAACCUUACUACGGAGGAGGUUUACGAGUUCACGUAUGAGAACUGGUUAUCAAAGACCAAGGGGCCAAAGAGGACUAAGGUGUGUGAGCUGCCUGCAACAGUGGACGAUGAGGAGAUGGUGGAAAGCACGACCUACACCAUCCAAGUCCAAACCAGUGAUGUGGGAGCGGCGGGGACAGACGCAAACGUGUUCCUCAUCGUGUUCGGGGAGUACGGCGACACGGGGACUCUGCCUCUGAAGGAAAGCACAAACAGGAACAAGUUUGAGCGGAAGGGCAAAGAUGUGUUCAGGUUUGCAGAUAUGCUCAGUCUGGGGGAGCUGUCCAAGGUCCGCGUGUGGCACGACAACAAGGGUCCUGCUCCCGGCUGGCACCUGGAGUACAUUGAUGUGAAAGACGAGGCCAUGGACCAGACCUUCAGGUUUCCCUGUGACCGCUGGCUGGCCAAGAGCGAGGAUGACGGACAGAUAAUGAGGGAGCUGGCAUGUGCCAACAACGACGCCAUCGACCUCAGUGACAAAACCAAAUAUGAAAUUGCCACCACAACUGCAAACACGGACGAUGCCUCGACCUCAGAAAAUGCCUGGAUCGUGUUGGAAGGAAGAAAAGCUCGUUCCAAGGAGUUUGUGCUGGAGAAUAAGAAAAAGAAGUUCUUAUGCGGCGCCACGGACACCUUUGAGUUUUCAUCCAAACAUGUCGGAGAAAUCGCCGGCAUCUGUCUGGGCCACAUAACCAAAGAUGGCAAGAAGCCCAAGAGUGCAAAGUUCUGGCAUGUUAUGGAAGUGGUCGUUACAGAGAAGGAGCUGGGGAACAAGUAUUUCUUCCGCUGUGACGUCCAGAUUCCCCUGGCGGCCAAAAAAGACCAGUUCUUGACGUUCGAGUGCUACAAAUCAGUGGAGAGCUUCGCCAGCAAAGUGCGGAACCUGGUGCCGGUCAAGUACGAGAUCAUCGUGAUCACUGGGGACGUGAAAGGCGCCGGGACGGACGCCAAUGUCUUCAUCACACUCUACGGCGUCAACGGAGACUCGGGCAAGCGCCACCUCCGCCAGAAGUUCCGUAACCUGUUUGAGCGCGGGCAGACGGACCGCUUCGUGGUGGAGAUGCUGGACCUGGGAGAACUGCUGCGCAUCAAGGUGGAGCACGACAACAGCGGCCCCAGCUGCGGGUGGUACUUAGAGUGUGUGGAGGUCACCAACACGGCCAACUCCGUCACCACCAUCUUCAUGUGCAGCAAGUGGCUGGACACCAAGAAGGCCGACGGACACACGCAGAGAGUGCUCUACCCCAGAUAUUAG